CCCCUCUCGUGACCUGUAGAAUCACGUGGUUAGGCCGCGCCCCUCCCUUCCCCCACUUCCGGUGCAGCUCGGGAUGUGGCGCUCAUGACGUCAUUUGGACCGCGUUGGAAGCGCUGCCGGGGCUGAGCGUGACGUGGCAGAGAGACGAGUAUCCGCCGCCGGGCACACAGCAGAGCAGCACUUCGGCCACUACCGACCCCGAACAUGGGCCUCACCAUCUCCUCGCUCUUCUCCCGGCUCUUCGGCAAGAAGCAGAUGCGGAUCCUGAUGGUUGGCCUUGAUGCUGCCGGUAAAACAACAAUCCUGUACAAGCUGAAGUUAGGCGAGAUUGUCACAACCAUCCCAACAAUUGGCUUCAAUGUGGAAACUGUAGAAUACAAAAAUAUCUGUUUCACUGUCUGGGACGUUGGCGGCCAGGAUAAAAUCAGACCCCUUUGGAGGCAUUAUUUCCAGAACACACAGGGCCUCAUUUUUGUUGUAGAUAGUAAUGACCGAGAGAGAAUCCAGGAAGCAGCAGAGGAGUUACAGAAAAUGCUCCAGGAAGAUGAGCUGAGGGAUGCCGUAUUGCUGGUGUUUGCAAAUAAACAAGAUUUGCCCAACGCUAUGGCCAUCAGCGAGAUGACCGACAAGCUGACGCUUCAGAGUCUCCGCAAUAGAACUUGGUAUGUGCAAGCAACAUGCGCAACUCAGGGGACUGGCCUGUAUGAAGGAUUGGACUGGCUAUCAAAUGAGCUCUCCAAGCGUUAAGGAGGACUGGCGUGCAGCAGAGGACACAAUGAAUAGAAGUGGUCUAGGCUCGUAACAUCCAAACUAGUUCUAAAAUGGUAUAAAGAAAUGGAACUGGCAGCAAAUACUCUUUAAAGUUUCCAGAUUGUUUUGUUGCUGGUUAUUUACCAAGGUUUCAUGUUGCUUUCCAAGCGAUGUGGCUAGACUUAAUGCAGAAAAUAAUAAAUUCUCUCUCCAUUAUGUGAAAAGUGUUUUUCUGGUUUUACUUAUCCCCUACAUGCCUGGACAUAAUUAUUGUGGCGCCAUAGAACUUAAUGCUUUUUUUUUUUUUUUCUCCUUUCCUACAAGGUAAACACUUAAAAAUUUAAGUUCCGAGUCGGUUGCAGCUCUCCUGUAAAGUUGGGCUGCAUUACUUAUUGCACACUUUGCAGAAGCUUGCUUAACUGAUCUUCUCAAGAGUCCUUGAAUUGCUAGUUUGACUCCCGUGUGUCAUUCCUUAGACAUUCUGCUGAAUUAAAACGUAGCAUUCCAUACCUAUUUAUUUCUUAUCCAUGCCAAAAGAUUGUUUCGUUUUAAUAUUGCCCGUGCCAGCGAAGAACACACAACACUAUAUUUCAGUUGCCUACACCAUUUUUCGUUUUAUUUCCCAUGUCAAUAAGCCAGACUUUUGCUUUGUUAAUGAGUGAAGGAUAAUAUUGCCUUCGCUGGAGCGAGUAUGUAAGAACGUCUUUGCCGGGAGAGCGUGAUGCAGCUCUCACUGCUUCUUGUACAGCAAAGGGCCCCAACUUUGUUUUAUAUCUCAGCAGAUUGUCUCACUUUAGGAUAUUUUUUUUAUGUUGCUUUCAGCUUGACUGUUUUUGCCCAUUGUAUCAUAGUUCUGCUGAUGUUUUAUUGUUUAUUGGUGAACAUAUCUUCAUACUGCAAGAUUGGUUUGUUUUUUAAAUUCCUCAAUCUGAACAAUUGAUGUUUUCUUCAUACCCCACUAAGAUUUAUUCCUAAUAAAAUAACAAAAAAAAUUCA